UCUCGGUGUUCUUAAUACGAUCGUCGAUCAGCAAAUCUUCAAAAGUUCUAAAUUUCAAGAUUCAAUUAGGGGCGAUUGUAAAUGUUUAAUCAACAUUGCCGAGACAGGUAAAUCUUAACAAUAUCGCACCACUUAUGUGUAAAAUACCUAAAUCACAAAUUGAAGCUCAUUUCAAACAUUCUGGAAACCUCACACGACAUCAAAUUUCUUCUAACGAAAUGAAAAUUGCCAGACGAAUUCUACCUCGAUAUUAUACUAUCGAUUAUCAAACAAAGAUUCCAAAUUCAAGAUAGCAAAGUCAAAAUCGCUGAACCGCUUAAAUCUUAACAAUGUCGCCUUUCUAUAAAAUACGAAAAAGCACGAAUCGUGUCCUUUCUUAGCAUCCCAGGAACGACACCAUCGCCAUUUUUCAAUUGAAAACAAAUUGAAAGCCCCAAACUAAUAGAACGUACACCACCGAUCGGAUUUCAUCUCAAUAUUCCUCACAUCAAAUCAUCGAAUCUUCAGAAAUUCCUAAUUCUGGAUAGCAACAUCGAACUUCCAAUCAACAUCCCUAAAACAGCUAAAUUUUAACAUUAGCGCACCGCCGCUCUGUAGGUUACUCAAACCACCGAUUAAACCCUCUCUAAACAUCCUGAAAACCACGCUCAUCGUCAAAUCCCUAAUUGGAAAUUGAAAAUAAAUUGAAAGUAACAAGGCCGAACUAAGAGAAUCUAAACCAGGGGUCGAGCCCUGUCUCAGCAUCCUCGAAACCGCACUUACCAUCAAAUCGUCAACUGGAAAUUGAAAACAAAUUCAAGGUAACCACCCCAUGUGUUGCACGAGCAGUGUACGUCACUGUCGUGCGAUAUUGAUCUUCGGAAGCGUCGUGCAUCCGGUUGAGCACCACGGUCAGUAUUCACCCUUUCCACUUCUCUACGUUCAGAGGCGGAUCCAGCACGAACCAAUCGUCUUUGCUCCUCGGUCUCCCUUAGUUUGCUCGAAACGUUCCGCCUUCUACCCUUACCCUUCAGUCGAUCGUCUACGACCGAUAGGUAGGGAUGAUUUUCACUGUCGAUGCGGUGGUGACUGGUGUCAAAAAAGCUUGCGAGUCCGGCUCGUUGAUACGUUGAAGCAGUCAUCGUCUGAACGUGAUACCAACGAGUCUCGUCGACCUAUUAAUACGAGAAAACCACCCUUGAACACGGUGGUCUAAAAACGGGAAGAUAAGACAGAAGCCGAAGAUGGUAUCAACCACGAAAUCCAGCUUCCAUCGAUGUUGGAAAUCCGUGAGAAUGCCUGGCAUCGUUCACAGGAUCUUUUCUUGAGACCUAUCACCGCGUCGAAGGACGGGAGAGGGUUGAUCAAUCGGACGAUCGGACAACGUGACGCUUUUGUGAAUUUGGAUUUUUCUCUUUGUGACUCGAGAACGUUCUUUUAGAGGAAUCCAUCGACUUUGACGGACGUGGAGUCCAAGGACUUAGAAGUUUCACAUUGCUUUUACACAGGACACGUUCGUUGUUUCAUGGUUUUUACGUAAAGUGACUGAAUUUGGUUGGUUCUUCUUUCCGGAGAGUGAUAUUGAACGAAUAGAGGAGUCGCCGAGGAGAGAUAAUCGAAGGAAGAGAAGGAAAAAAAGAUUGUCGGAAAGUGUUGCUUGUGAAAAAGUGGUGGGGAGGAGUUGAGAAAUUGACAGCUCGAGGGCACGAGGAACCAUGUUGGAAUUCUACCCUCCGCUUCCUGGUAGCUUGAACCGGCAGAGUGAGUCGGGCCCACCAACUAUGGGCUCCGCUGCACCACCGAUUCCAUUUCGACCUACCAACGACGGUAACAACGCAGAGCCGUCAGUUUCAGUAAAAACGGAGUCCGGCCUGCUGGAGACGAUCUGCGCUGGUUGCGGUCGUACGAUAGUCGACAAGUACGUGAUGCAGGUCGCUGGGAGGAACUAUCACGAGGAAUGUCUUUCGUGUGCCGCGUGUGCGACACCGCUUACGCAUUCCUGUUUCAUCCGUGAGCUAAAACUCUACUGUCGAACCGACUACGAGCGGAUCUUCGGUGUGAAGUGUGCACGUUGCAUGGAGAAGAUCAGCUGCUCGGAUUUCGUAUUAAGGGCGCCGGGUUUGGUGUUUCACGUGGAGUGUUUCGCGUGUUGCAUGUGCGGCCAACCAUUACUUCCUGGCACCCAGUAUUUCCUCCGUCAAGGACAACCGAUCUGUCGAAGGGACUACGAGCACGAGUUGUACCUGAAUAGUCCUCAAGACGAUGAUUUACUGGACGAUAAUCGGCCCCGCGAUGGUCGUCGGGGUCCCAAACGACCGCGGACGAUCCUCACGUCGGCGCAAAGACGCCAAUUCAAAGCGUCGUUCGAGGUGUCACCGAAACCCUGUCGAAAGGUUCGAGAAGCCUUGGCAAAAGACACAGGCCUCAGCGUGCGCGUGGUUCAAGUCUGGUUCCAGAACCAGCGGGCGAAGAUGAAGAAGUUGCAGAGGAAAGCGAAAACCGAGCCUGGAUCCGAUAAGGAGCCGAAGGAGGAACGUCGAACGGAGAGUCCUCAUAGCGAUCACAGUCAUUACUUGAACGCCAUGAACAUGCGCGACGGGGAAUCUUCUAGCUUCCCCUCAAGCACCCAACCGCUCAACCCCAAUAACCCGUACUCGCCUGACGACGCUUAUCCAGGCCACUCAGGCGAGAGCUUCUGUAGCAGCGAUCUGUCGUUGGAUGGUACGGAAGCUGGCUUCGACAUAGGCGAGAACGAGGGUGGUGGCGGCCAGGAGGGUGGCCAUCAAGCUGGCAGCCACUCCCACCACGGGCCAACGUCCCACGAGGCGCCCCCGUUGUCCCAGAGUUUACACGCAGCGAUUCAUAAUCCCAUCGACAAACUUUUUAUGAUGCAGAGUAGUUACUUCAGUGGUGACCACGCGUAAUCCGCGAAAAGAAAAGAAGAAA